CUCUCUCUCGAGAACUGGCGGCGGAAUACUCACGCUAGAGAGGAGACCUCGCGAGCCUCGUGAGUUGGUUUGUAAAGGGACCGUAGUAUUGGUUCCUCGUCGAGUGGCACCUCUCUUCUCUUCUCUCUUCCUCUCUUACUCGCUCUCCCUCUACCUAUCUCUUUCCUGCGCUUACUCUUUCCUCCCACCAUAUUGCCCCUCCACCUACCACACCACCUUCCUCCACUCUCCCUUUCCCCACUGGUGCUCUCACUAUUACAUUACAAAUAGCUCUCUUGCCUAGGCCACGUUUGUGAGGUGUUGCUCCUUCCGUGUACGUUUAUAUAUUCGCUUCGACUUGCGUGUUGUGUGUGUGUGUAUGCGUGCGUGUAUGCGUGCGUGCGUGAUCACAAACGCGCCUCGAUUCACGUGUGGAGCCUGUGCUUGUAUUCCACGAUGCACAUGCACCAACUGUCGUACGAUAAGAGUACAGACUUUGUCUCUAUCUUCUUUCUCUCCAUCUUUUUCUUCUCAUUCCCUCCCUCCCUCCUUCCCUACCUACCUACCUCCCUUCUACGCACUCCCACUCUCUCUCUCUCUCUCCCUCCGUUUUCCGCCUUUUCUUUCUCGCGUUUCUCCGUCUAGCGCAACACAUACGUGUACGUGUUUCUCGUUUCCCAGUGUGCACACGCACGCGACUCACACACCGAUAAUUGCAACCGCUCUCCGUACUCUUUUAUUCUCAUCCUCGUCGCUCGAUAGUAGGCUUCUUUGUCACGGUAAUGGUGUAAUACAAGGCUCCGCUCGUGCUCGUGCACGUAAUACGUAAGAAUGGAGCGAGAGAGCUCCGCACCAGACCCUCGUAAACUUCUCCUUUUCUUUCUUUCUUUCUUUCUUUCUUUCUUUCGUUUCGUUUCGUUUCGUUUCGCGUUUCCUUUCUCCUCUUUCCUUCCAUCCCAGCUCUCUCUCUACCCCUCCCUUCUCCCCAUACCUUGCAACACCCAACGUUUCCGUUCUUUCCGUCCGUCCUCCCCUGUACCUACCUUUUUCUCCCGUGUGAGUGAGCGCGUGCAUGGGUGUGCGUGCGCGUCCACCGCGUCUAUCUCUCGCGCGUAUAGUCAUUUCCAUCCCGUUCUCAACGCCUCUUCCGUCUUUCUUUAUCGUCGCUUUUGAAACUUUAUCUUUUGCUUUUCACUGCCCUCCCUUCAUCCCUCCCGCUCCCACUCUUUGUCUUUCCCGCUUCUUUUCUUACUCCGCCUCGAUCCUCCUUGCGAACGCGCUUGCGCGCGCCUCUUCAGUCUCUCGCGACUCGACCAGAUAGAACGUUACGUUUUCACCCUCCCCCUUCCUUUCUCGACUUCGCUCUUUCUCUCUCUCGCGCCGACCUUCCAACCCGCGUCUAUUCUCUCCACGCCACCUAUAACUCCCACGUGCUUUCUCCUUCUUCUCCUUCCUCCUCCUCCUCUCUUUCUUCGUCUCCUUCUUUCCUUUUAAAAAACUUUUUGGCCCGCGACCGACGCACCGUCCUCCUCCAAUCGGUUGGCGCGCGCCACCGAUUGCGCGUACGACGUAUCUACCUCUUUUUCAUCCGGAGAAUUAUGUCGUUGCUCCAGUUAUGCAUCGGAAACGCUUUCAGCCGUGAUCGAUAGUGAAAUGCUUGAAUGACUCGCUGGUAAACACCUACUGCUUCCAGCUUCCUCCGCGUUUACUUUGAUUACGAGUUUAGCUCGUCUUAUUAAACCAUUCUUAUUAUCGUUGGAUCAAAAACGGAGGCUUUAAACGGUUUUCGAAACGUAUCGUUAACGUAUUAAAUUCCAUAUAUAUAUAUAUGGAUGGUUAUUCUUUUUUCUCCUUUUCUUUCAUUGACUCGUCGACUCGUGACUCGUGUUAGAUUCGUUUCAUUAAAGAAACCUCUUUUUAGCUCGCGAACGUUUUACUUUUCAUUCGUACUAUUUAUAAACAUUCUUCGAAAGAAUUUCAUGGCCGACUGGUGUGUGCGGCUUGAAUUCGAGUCGGUGCACCAGGUAUGCGAUUGUUUCGUCGUUCCUCUUUCUCUGCGUGGCCGGCUCGCACGCGGGCAGCUAUUAUACGCCAUUCGGUAGAUUCGGUCAACGAUGUAUCACGCUUGUGUGUCCGGAGAUUACGGCGCACGGGGCCUGGCUAUACUUAGAGCGGUAGACGAAUUUCGCUUCGAGGGACGGAGUACGAAAGGAGGUCGAGAAACAGCUGAUGCGAUAUGCGUUGCGCUGCGAUUAAUCUCUCCCUCUCUCUUCCUCGCUAUCACGACACUCGUAUGUUUGACUCGAAGUUUUCAUUCUUGCCGAGCCAUUCUUAUCGAGCCGUUCAUCGUUAUUUUCGCACGUAAUGUGCACAAUUUUCAUUCAAUCUAUAUAAAGAUUCCGUAUCUUCCGUAUAUUCUUUUUAGCUUUACAUUUUCUUUUCUAUAAACGCGUAAACAUCCGCAGUCCGACGAGAUUCGAGCUACCGCGCGACACACGUGUUGGGGAGAGAAUAAUCGGUUGGCGCACCGCCAAUAUUUUUUCCAAACAAAAGAUCGUCUCGCACGAUUCUCUCGAUAUAUGGAAUACAUGAUAAAGAAAGGAAGGAAUAUAUAUAUAUUAAUCGCCAGCCGUAAUUGCAGUUUUUUUUUCUUCUUUUCGAUCGUAAGGAGCGUGACAAAGAGAGAAACAAAGAGUUGAAAUAACGCGAGAGCCUCGGUACGAACAUUACGCGGCCUCGUUCGCUUUUAUUUCGCGAUUCGAAGCGGCGCGAGACGGUCCAAGACGUGGUCGUAGAGGGUUCCACCGUCGUUUCCACCCGCGUCCUCAUCCUUCCCUCCUCCCUAGGUCGAAUUAAUUCGAUCGGCCACCUUCUUCUUUUUUUUUUUUUUUCUUUUAUCACUCCAUAUAUCCCCCUCCCACCAAACGUUUACCCAACGUUUACGUGACUCGAAACGAACGCUCGAGAGGAACUAUUUAAAAAAUAGUUGAUUUUACGCGCCAUAAAUAAAAAAAGGAAUCGGUAAACAAAUUCAUCCACGUUGCUGUUGUUGUUAUUUCCUCUUAUUACCUUUUAUUAUUCGCGACGAAUUUUAUAAUACUCGCUCCUCGAAGGAUCAACAAUAAUAAUCGGCUCGAAUCCUCCCGUUAAACGUCAAAUAUUUUGCGCGCGUACAUCAUCAUUAUUAUCAUCAUUAUCAUCAUCACGCGUAAUAAUUGCCGAGGAAAUUGAUUAAUUCGCGCGCGGCCGAAUAGAAUUCGCGGCGGGCCCGCUCUGGCGUCGAGUUAUCGGGCUCGAUACUAUUUAUUUAUUUAUGGUGCGGUCUAAAUUAAAAGCGCGUCGAGAAGGCCAAACGCCUUGCGUAAUCGUUACAGGGAACACGCGGCUGUUUAUCAUUACGUGCGAAAGAUAGAAGGAAGUGGCGGAGGAGGAGGAGGGAGCAGGGGCGGGGGAGGGGAGGAAGGAGGCGCGUGGGGAGGGAAAUGGGGGGGAAGAAGGAAGUGAGAGAGAAAGAAGAGCGGGGAAAAGAGGAGAGGUUACGGCUGCAAGGUCCUCUCCAACCUCGGCGUGCGAUUAAACGGCACGCUCUGCCGUUUCUCUCCCUUUCCCUUUCGUUCUUUCCAUCCUCCCUGUUUAUCCCCCCGUUUAUCAAGGAUCUCCUCCGUCGACUUUAACUCUCUCUCUAUUUCUCUCUCUCUCUCCAGAAGCGAAUCUCACGCUUUUAACGUAUACUUGAAUCUCUAAUUCUGUUAAGCUGGAAGGGCGAGAGAGGAGAAAUUCCGUUGACGCGGCGCGCAGAAACGAUGGAGCAACACCCCUCCGCUCUCACCCUCCCCCUCCCCCUCUUUCCAUUCUUCCUCGGCCUCCGUGCGAAGCCGGCUCGCACGAUCUUGUACUUACUUGCACCUUUCUCACAAACGAGAGUCUAGCCUUCUUUCCUUUCCUUUCACUGGACGAUCGUUGCCGCGGAGGAAGGAAGGGGGGAGGAGGAGGAAGAGAAAGAGAGAGACUCGGGGAUAAAAGAGAGGGGAGGGAGAAUGAGAGAAAUAGAAAGACGAGAUCCAGUUCGACCGUGUACGGGUUAGAUCCUCUCCUCCUUUUUUCGGCCUCGUAUAUUUUCGAGAGGUGGCUCGUUUCAUUGCGAAAUCCGGUUUGCUUCCUGCCAAGUGGAGAGGAAGCCAAGGGUGGAGCGGGAAAGCGAGUGAGAGAGGGGAGGGAGGGGUGAGCGCGAGCAGCGGAGGGCUGGCGACCAAGGAAAGGAAAGGAAAGGAAAGGAAAGGAGGAGGAGGAGGAGUCUUAGGAAAAGGGGAGGCAGGGAGGGAUCUUUCUUUGCUCCUGCCUCCCUCCCUCCUCUCCCUCUUUUCCAUUAGCGCUCCGUCCACGUGUUGCUGAAUCGUUGUUGCUGCCGAAUAAAGCGGAGAGAUCGCUGCUACCACCUCGACCGGUAGUAGUUGGACCACCGAUGCGCGUCACGCGCCUCCUCCUCCGUGUAGGUGACGAAGCUCGAACGAGAGAGAGAGAGAGAGGAGGUGGUGAUCGCCUUUCAAGGUUGCCUUCUCGUUCAUAUACUAUAUAUAUAUGAUAUACUCGAGAUCAUCUCGAACGAUUUUCUUAGAUGCGUGUACGUCGUGUGCACACAGGUAGAUGCUCGUCUCAGAUAAGAUUAUUCGAUUUUGAACGAGAUCAAUUUGUUGUUGGCAUUUUCUUGAGAUUUUUUCUCGAUGAGGAGGAGGAGGAGAGAGAAAGGGGGGAAUGGGAAUUUCCUCGGAACGGCCGCGCCCCAUCCACGGUUCGAGGAAAAAAAUCUUUCCAUCUCCUUUCGCAUCGUCGCUUGCAACGGACUUACGUCAUUUAUGACGCUUUGUCUUCCUGCUUCGAGUACGUUCGUUAUGCGCCUUUGCCCCCCCCCGAAUCGGUUUCCACGGGGAAAUUUAAUUUGUUAAGUGUCGAUGAGGCAUCCAGGAGAAGGGGAGUAAAAAAAUGCCGCGAUAAGUAAUACCGCACGAUUGAUGAAAAAAAAAAGAGAAAUAAAAAAUACUUAGGUUUCUCCGUGUGGAAAGAUACGGCGUCUCUAAAACCAGAACAAGGUUGUGCAAUCGUAUGCACUGUGCGUGUGUGUGUGUGCGCGCUCACAUUGAUAGGCGACUAUAUUUUCGCCCAAUUUGAUAAAACCUGGUAAAUCGUAAUUCAUCGUUUCUCUCCAAUGCGCGACCCUCCUUCUUUCUUUCUUCCUUUGCCUCGAGUCACUCGAGGUUUUAUUAAUAUUUUCGUAAUUAAGAACGAUUAAAAGCGGGGUUUUCAAACAUGCUCGUCGAAAUGGAAAUUAUUAGAAUAUUAUUCUCGUUGUUAUAUCUCGAACGAGAAAUUAUCCAAGUUUAAACCGUUAAAUCUUGCCCGAUUCACCGACUCGAUGCGUCGCGAUACGCCGACGUGUAUCUUUCCAGAUAAAACGCGUAGCGCGUAACGUUCUCUCGUACACACGUUGUUCUAAUAAUAGCUGGCCGCGCGCAGGUGGAUAUAUCUAUUUACUCGCCUUUACGAUCUUCGUUGCCCGCGAAAAAAACUUCCUCUUUCUCCCUUCCUUCUUCUUCUUCUUUCUUCUUUCUCCUUCUUCUUCUCGCGGAACGCUCGUAAAAAAGUGCCAUUACGGAGCAGUGUUCUCAACAUCGUUGCUCGAACAAAUUCGUAUAUAUCGUGUACUUCUUUUCCCAUACAUUCAAACUCGCUGCUCUCUACUUGCUCACGUCUCGCGGACGAAAUUUAAAAUCGACCAACGAUCUUUUGCUUCCUUCCAAGUGUAAUAUACGAAUCGAUUCGAACGCAACGAUAGCAGAAAGGGGAGGAAGAAAGAAAGAAAGAAUAUAAAAUUCGGUGGAUAAAAGAAGGUGGUGAUGGUGGUUGUCAUUCGUUCCUUGGCGAGGUAAUAGAGUGUAGCAAUAGCGUGGGCUGAUGUCAUACGGUAACCUUCUACUUUGCACGUACGUACGUACUUACGGUCUUGUCUUCUCGGAAAGAAGCGAGAGAGCCGCGUCGAGAUCGAGAGAGAGAGAGAGAUUUUUUCCCUCCCAAUUAGCGUUUGGAAUAAUCGUAUAGAGAGAGAGAGAGAGAGAGAGAGAGAAAUGGUACGCGCAUAGAGGAGAAAAGAAGGAAAGCGAUCGUUUGCUUCUCGUUACGUAAUAUUAUUAUUGCGUAAUAAUAAUUUUCCUAUAUAUAUAUACCUUCGUUUACUCGAUCGAUCAAAUCGUUAAUCGUGAUUAAUCCGUGACGCGUCGCCAAUGUUUUUUUCUUUUCGAUUUUAUAUAUAUAUAUAUAUAUAUAUAUAUAUAUAGUCGGGUUAUAUCGUUUCGCUGAAUUUUCCAGCCGACUUAGAAUCGUGAAAAGAAUCGGGCGCGCGUUUGUUCGUGACGAAUUUUCAACGUCGAGUUAACGAUGCCCGAUAACGCGAUCCCUUUUCCACGGAACGUGUUCGCGGAUAAUGGGCCCCUCUCUCUCUCUCUCUCUCUCUCUCUCGUCUCGUUUCGAAGAGGAAAAAGAAGAAAGGAGGAGAAAAAUAUUCCAUAGUAUUCCUUGGAAUAUAGAACGAUAUGUAGUGGGCUUCUGGAAACAAUGGUUUCUCUCGGUCGCGAGAGAGAGAGAGAGGAGGAGGAGGGGAGGGGAGGGGGCAGUCAACGUCGACGCAAUCUAUCGAAUCGAAUACUCGGCGGAGGUGGGGGUGGGUCGGCGAGCUAGUGUUGUUCCUCUUUUAAAAAGAAAGAACCGGGGAACCGGGUAAAUGGAACAAUAAUAUAACAAUCGAGAGCGAAUUUUUCUUUCCUCUUAUUUCUCAUUCGCUCUCGUACCUGAACAAUGACGCGGUUAACGUGUAAAUAAAACGAGCGAGAGAGAGAGAGAGAUUUCUCGAGAACCAAAUGUUGGAGCGUCGUGGUCAUGGUGUUUCUUUUCCUUUUCUCUUCUCUUUCGCGCGUGUCGACCAGGAAUACCUCGUUCGUUGGAAGUCGUUGUGACACCAUCGACACGUGGAGACCGCGUUUCCACGAGGUGGUUUUCCUCUUCCUGAAACGGGGGCGCUUUUUCCCCCUUCUUUCCCUCUCCUCGCGCACGGGAAGAGGAGAGGAGAUCUCUCUCCCUCCCCUCUCGAUCGGCGGCCGAUCGAGCCAGGCCAGACGCGGCACGGCGGCAUUGCAGCGGCAUUACGGAUCAUUAUGUAAUGUUCAUAAUGUUAUGUGAACGUUUUACAUUCGACGCCUUGCACCACUGCGGUCUCAAGGUCUUUACAUUGUUGUUUGUACAACGAGUUAACGCGUCGACGCGAUCCAGGGACGCGUACGCGCGCUCCUGGAGAAAAUUCUGCUCCCCUCCCCUCGCCCCCUCCCUUCCCUCCGUCCUUCCCCAGGCAACCGAGCGUCUCGCGUAUUGCGUAUUAAUUUCUUCCGUUCUUUCAUGAUCGGAUCAUCUCGAUUUGUUCCACGAUUUUAUUUCGUCUCGUUUCUCGACCGAUUCAACGUCCGUUUCAUCUUAAUUUCACGCUUUUCGGCCAAUUUAAUUCCUCCUCGAAUCUCAACUAAUCGUCUCGCCUUCCUUUUAGUUUCCUCUUAUUUCCUGGUCGUAAAAAAAGAAGUAAACAGGAACGAAUCGAGAGGACAGAAUUAUUUUCUUAUUGUCUCUUCUGAAGAACGUAUAUGAUAAGAAAAAGAGACAAAAAUCGAAGUCGUUAUUAUCGAAGUGUUUUAAAUGGUUCAGUUUGAAGAAAUUUUUGAAAAUAAAUCGUCUACGAGUUUCUCACGUGAAUCUGAACGAAGCGUGUAACGAAUAAUCGAAAUUCAAAGUUUUGACGUACAAUUUGAAAAAUUAAUUUUCAAACUCACGUCUCCUCCUUCGUCUCUUAGAAUCACUCUUAAACGAGUCGAGUCGUUACAUCGAUCGAUUCUCGUCCCUUCCUCUCACCCUUCCUCUUGGAGAAGAAAAUGUUGGAGCAGAGGGAAGGGGGGAGAGAGAGAGAGAGAGAAAAAGAUAACCUUGGACCGUUAAAAUUGCAAAGGGAUCGAAAGGAGCCUUGGACAGAGGCUUCUUCCUCCUCCUCCUCCUCUCUUCUUCUCCCAAACCCUUUCCCUUUGCUCGAAUUGGUCGCAAUGAUCCCUCUCCCUCCCCUCGAGUGUCAACAAAGCGUGGAAACAGAGAGAGAGAGAGAGAGCAAUAAUCGUUUCCUUCCAGGUUGGAAAAGUUUUCCAGGAAACGUCGUAAACGUUAAUUACAAACGAGCCAGGUAUAAAUAUAUAUUUAUGUGUGUGUGUGUAAAGGGUUAACGAGGAGAAAAAUCGUUUCCCUCUCGCACAAAGGAAGUUUUCCCAACAGCGUCUUCGAAACGAUCUUCGAAAAGCUCCCCUCAACCGUCAUUUGCAUUCUUGUCGAGAUUAUAUUUUCGAACGAGUUUCGAACGAGGCUCUUACUUUUCCAAAAUUUCCAAAAUUUCCUCUCCGUUCGAGAGAAGAGAAGGUUAUAUAUAAAAAGAGGAGAGAGAGAGAGAGAGGGGAGAUUAGAUCGUUAAACACGCUGCACGCCUUCUUCCAACCAGAUGUUAUUAUCGAUAACGCUUGAAAACGAGCUUUAUUAUUAUUAUUAUUAUUAUUAUUAUUCGAUUUUUUCUCUCGAGUAUGCGUGUAUUCGAGCGGCGUUGCAAUUAUCCUCUGCAUACGAAACGUGUGAAGAAAGCGUUCUUCUUCUAUUUCUUUCCUUUUCUUUUUCUCUAAUCUCUUCGACGAUUAAUAGAAACAGCGUAGAGGAAGGAGAAGAGAAAUUUGUAAAAUAAGAUUAUUGGCUCCAUGGAAAAAAUCUCAGGUGUUCUUUUUCUCUCUCUCUCUCUAAGCGUUCUCGAGGAGGGGAGGAAAGGAAGGGAAACGAGGGAGGAGGAGGAUGCUUUCAUUCACGCGGCGGCGUGCUCUUUUUUUACGAUAUACUUCGCUUCCGCGCGUGGGAAGGGUUUUAUCGGGUGAGGGAAAAGAGGAGGAUAUAUAUAUAUGUGCAGUGUCUCGUCAGAUUUUCAAAGUUGCUUGAAAUUGUGCUUUCGUGACCAGGUGACAUUUCAUUCGACUGAUGAUAGCCUUUAAAGGUUAAUUGCGAUUCUUCGACCAUAAAAUAAAUAAUUGCCGAGUAUUAUGGAAUCAACUUUCUUCCUUAUUUUGAAAUAAUCCCCGACCGGGUGUCUCCUCCUCCUCCUCCUCCUCCUUUCUACUUUCAUCGAAAUUUUUAUCUUCCGUUAAAGAGAGAAGAUGCUCGAUAUAUCACGAGAAAUCGUCGUAGGAUACGCGAAAGAGAGAGAGAGAGAGAGAGAUAAAGUGGUAAAGAAGGGGAGGAAAACACGACGAAUAGUCGGCGCGCGCGUAUACAUUCUGAUAAGGUGUUAUCGUGUGAAAGCACCGUGGCCUACUUAUACGCGGUGCGUUGCCGGCCGUGUUACGCGUCUCUCCAACGUUUUACGCUGAUCGCGCCUCUCUCAUCGUUCGGCGACGCACGCGCCCCACGCGUCGUGCCGUUGCAAUCGCGAGUAAAUUCUAUCCGCGCGCCGAUCGAGAUAAACUUUCUAUUUUAUUUCCCCCCUCCGCCCCCUCUCUCGCUCGUUUUCGAGGCGAUUCUCGGUUAUCGCUCGAAUUUUCGUUCGCGUCGCAGUUGAUCGCCGCGAAGAACAGAGGCGGAUCAGCUUCAAUUUCUGGCCGACCCAAUUUCGCAAUCCCCGUAUGUAUACGCGUACGCUUACGUACGCGGUGGCUCGUAGUGCAUACGCGGCUAAGAUUCAACGCGAGGCUGUUAUCGAAUCUCCUUUUCUUUCUCGCUCCUCCUUCAUUAUCGUACUCCUCUCUCGAUUCUAUUCGACCGAGUCUCGCAACAGAUUUUCGCUCGAUCAGUCGGAUCGAGAACGAUAAUUUUCCACGACGAAUUUUUCCUUCCUUCCUUCCUUCCUUUCGUUACACCAGAUGCUAAUACGAAGCGUAUUCUGUAUUUAUCGAGCUUCGUAGUUUAAUGCUACGUUAUGCAUGCCACACUUCAAACUUUUAUAUAUAUAUACGUAUAUGCGUGUAUAACUGUGCAGCAAUGUUUCGAACGUUGCCUCGUUUCGCGCUCGUGGCGACAUCUGCGACGCCGCGUCUUUUCUCCUUUUUUCGAUCGCACGUAGGAGUAACGAUGUAUUAUAAUAAUAAUAAUAAUCUUGGAGAGGAGGGAAAAGAAGAAGGAAGGAGAAAGAGAGAGAGGGAGAAAAAUCGAUUUUCAUCGUCGGUAAUGCAGCACCAAUUAGUAUGAAUCAUUUUUAUACACGGACGCAACGUUAUUUUUUUUUUUUUUUUUUUUUUUUUUUGCGCAUAAGAAAAAUCUACAUUCUUAUCUCUCGAGCCGCGCAUAAUGUUGCUUCAACGCGAGCGUUUAUAUACGCGUGCAAUAAAAUUAACCGGCGGCGAGAAGAGCGCCGUGCUAAAAUUCGUUUAAAAUGCGUUUAACGCCUGCUGCUAUUUACGUCCGCGAUUGCUAACGUGGAUUACGCAAUAUCAUUAGAGACGGGACAACAAACAUUUAGGCGGGAUACCCGAUUUAUAACGGUGGACGUUCUUCUUAGAAUGCUUUCGUUUCCCGUCGGAACAAUUUGUUUUUACGAUUUUCGAGAACGACGCGUGAAAAUUGAUCCAUCCUUUUAACGUCCCAGCCAGGUUACGCAUAUUCGACUUAUCGUCCAACGGAACGCUGCUCGAUCGAUCGUCACGCCUCGAACGUGUACAAAUCGUGUAAACAUUCUUUGUUCGCGCGGUACAAUUCCAUCUCGGAAGGAGAAUUUUUCUAUCUCGCUCGGCUAACCAAUUACGCGUUCCGUUAACGCGUUCGUCCCGUAACGCCUCUCCACUUCACUUUCUUCCCUCUUCUCCUCGAAAUUCGACCUCUUCUCCGUCGUUUAUUUUGAGGGAUCAUCGGAUAAAAGAAGACAGUUUCGAUAUAAUAUGAAUCUUCUAUGAUAUAAUAUACCAAUCUCUCUCUCUCUCUCUCUCUUUUUUUUUCUAUUGCGUAUUCAAUACAAUCGUCGAUACCUUAAUCGAUACCGCGCAAUUACGUAAUCGUGUGAAACGCGAUUGGUUUUUCAAACGCGUCGCUCACGGCUUUUUCCCGUCCCGACGGACGACUCGUCGAUGGAAGAAACGCAAAAAGUGACGUACCGUAACCGGGAGGAGGGUUAAAGCUCAUUGGAAGAGAAUCGGCGCGCGACAAAGUUGCAACCUUGGGGCCUCGAGUAGAAGAUAGCAGAGGCAUAGAUAGCGAACAACCAUCUAAGACAGAAACGCCGUAAAAUGUAGCCUCGGCCAACUUAGGCAUGGCCAUAAACGACGUCGCCGGUUGGUAACCGGCCACGUUAAGGAGGUGAGAAAAGACCGAGGAAGAAGAAUGGGCGAAACAGAGGAGGAGGAGGAGGAGGAGGAGGAGGAGAAAUUUUACGAUCGUUUUUUCGCCUAGACACAAGGGCUACGAAAAAAAAUUUGAUUGCUCUUUUUCCCCGAGCAGCUCCCGAUCGUUCCUUUUCCAGAGCCAAUUUAUAAAGAGUUUCGUUCCGUAUAAAAAGGAACAGGAAAUCCCGCCUUUUAGAUUUUAGGAUUUCCGAUUCUUUUUUUUUAAAGAACGCGCGGGAAAGGCGAGGAAAUUUCGACCUUGCCGAAAUAUAUUUGUAAAGGGCGAUCGUUAAAGUCGAGAAAUACGCAACAUUGUUCGAAGCUGGAGGAAAAGUGCGAACGAAACUCCUUUUUCUCUCUCUCUCAGAUCUGUCGAAAGACAGAGGCCAAAAAAAGGAGCACGGCCAUGGCAUUACGAGGCAUUUACGAGCGACCGGCUGGAAAUUAUUCGGCCCGUUACCAGUCACAAUACCAAGAUUAUGACAGUUUUUACACCAACCCUCUCUCUCCCUCUCUUCUCUCCAUCCCCCUCCCACUCCUCCUCCUCCCUCACCUUUUUUUGUUUUUAUUGUUACCACUGUCAAAGAGGUUUAAGGAAGUUGCCUGAGUUUUUGUCGAGUUACCUUCCCCCCCCCCCCUCCCCUCCUCUUCGCCAGAGGAAACCACCAUCGCGUUAUCCAAGACGAUUUUCACUCUCGUUCGCUCCCCAAAAGAAGAUCUUUUCUUUCGCGGUGUUUUUCAUCCGUUCCUUUUUUUUCUCUUUCCCUUCUUCUCCUUUUCUUUUCUUUUCUUUUUUUGCUCCCGGAGGCGAGGAGGUUUUCCCUUAGUCUCCUUGAGUCUCCUCUCGCGCGCAGGGGAUUAGAAAUUGGCCUUCGUAUUAAAUGUCUUAAGGGCAUCGCCGACACGGGAAAAGGGAGGGAAACGAUUUUAUUGCGCCUAACCUGAGCUCUCUCGUUCGCCGUGAGAAACUGUGUCGGUGAAAUCGGGAUUUCAGCAAUUUUGCAUUCGGAUUCCUUGAGAAACGGAUCCCCGAUGGAACAAAUGACGCGAAUAAACGGAGAUUGAAGGAAGAGAGAGAGAGAGAGAGACAUUCUGGAAAAAAUAAAAAUAUGCCUGUGUUUGUUGGAACUCUGUUACGCGGCUCUGCUCUUCGGCCAACGAAUUUUGCGUACGGUCAGUAUUUUCGUUAAAAUAGUCGAGAGACGCGAAUCUAUUUAGGCGGCCUCACCUCGGUUUAGAGAAAUGGGAGCAAGGUCCGGAAAGUUAGGAAGAGGUUGCUAAGGUGCAAUAGAUGGCUCGAAGCCAACUUCGGUCAAGUGACUAACUUACGAGAAAAUAGAUCGAAAUAGGUGGAACGCGACCUACCACCUCCUUCCGAACCGAUCGACCCCCUCCCCCCCCCCAAAAUUUUCGAAAUCUUUCCACCUGCGAUUCCGCUCUUUCGAAACGGGAAAAAGAGAGAAAGGAAAUUAAGAAGACGAUUAAAAAUUCGCGGAUGUAACCCUUGCCUGCAAUAUUAUGAGAGAGUGAAUUGGGUGAAACUUUGUAACUCGAAAAGUUUACACGAAAAGUUCAUUUCAUAUGCGAUUCUUUUGUAAAACGCUCCUUCUAUUCGGUUGGUAAACAUUAACAAUUACGUUGGUUCUUAAUUGCGCAAGAAUCUUUUUGCACCAUGUUCAUCGCAAACGGGAGUGAAAUAUAUACAAAAAAGAAGGAAAAUCAAAUCUUCUCUCUCUUUCUCUCUCUCUUUAUAUAUAUAUUUAUCUCCGAAAUAUGGAAAAAGAAAAAUUUUUAACCGAAUUCCUCCGGUUACGUCGUUAAUAAUUUUUAUCUUUAGAAAUUCCUCGCAAUUUGUCAACUUUUUUUCCUUUUUUUUUUUUUUUUAGCUCUCGAUAUCGCGUAGCCACGCUCUGGGACGAGUCGCGUUAUCGCGUUGCGCGGUCGAGAAAGAAGGAGAGAAAGAGAGAAAGAGAGAAAGAGGCGAUGGUGGGUGAUCAUUUUUGUUAGGAACAGGAAGCACUCACCUCGUUGCUCGAACGGAGCGCGGUACCUUCACCAUCCCCUCCCCCCGGACCUUUUCGUCGCUCCAGGCAUUUCUCUCCGUUGCUCCGGUUUCUCGCUGCCCUUUACUUUUAUCGUCGAUGCGCCUGCGCUGUGCACGCGCUGCGCACGCGCUGUAUUCGUUAUUCGUUGGUCGGAUGCCAUCGUAAUUCGGGGGACGUCGAAACGUUUGAAAAUUCGUUCGCGCUAUUUGUCUUCAUUCCGGCUCAUUAGCCAUUCUAAUUUUAUAUAUUGCCGGGAAAAUAAGUUUAACGGAAUAAUAACACGUUCACCAUCAAUUACAUCACCGUUAUGCGGCGAGUUCUAUUUCCAGACCAUUGCAUUACGAGAAUGAGGCGAAUUUACACGUCGGGAUUUUUUCUUUUCUUCUCUUUUCUUUCGGACGAGGGGAGAAUGUUGAACGUUUCUCAAUUUCUCUUUUUCUCCACGUAAUUUCGAAAAACUGCGUGUAAGGAUUUUUUCUAUUUAGAUCCAUGGGAUUUUACGAUUUUUGAAAAUUUCAGAACGGAUUUAGGAAUAUUAGGAUUUCCUCUUGGCUCUCUACAAUUUUGUAAUCUAGAUUCUCUUCGUACGAUACAAAUUUCAUCGAAUUUGCAUGUUACGGUUUUCUGGUGUUCCUUUCAGGUUUCCAUUGAAUUUUACAAUUUCGAAAAUUUCCUCCAAUUCACGUAUUGGGAUCUUCUCUUGUUUCUUUCAAGUUUCUGCAAUUUUAUAAUUUCGAAAUUUCUUUCCAACGAUACAAUCGAAUUUACACGUCAGAAUUUUCUUUUCUUUCAUUUUCUAAAAUUUUCUGAAUAUUUAUAAUUAGGAUUUAUGUUAGAAUUUUCUGUUGUUCCACUUAAGCUUCUAUUUUAACAAUUUCUUUCUUACAAUUGCAUCGAAUUUACGCUUUAGAAUUUUCGUUCCGUUUAAGUUUCUACAAUUUUAUGAUUUCGAAAAUUUCUUUCCAACGAUGCAAAUUGCAAUUGAAUUUUCUUUUUCUUUCCAUUUCUAAAAUUUCAUAAUCCCGAAAAUUUUCUUCGAUGAAAAUUCGAUCGAAUUUAAAAAUUAGAAUUUUCUUUUAUUUCUUUUAGAUUUUUAUAAUUUUAUAAUUUCGAAAAUUUCUUUCCAUUUAGCCUUUUCUAAAAUUUCGUAACCCCGAAAAUUUUUUUUGAUGAAAACUCCAUCGAAUUUAAAAAUUGGAAUUUUCUUUUAUUUCUCUUAGGUUUCUACAAUUUUAUAAUUUCGAAAAUUUCUUUCCAACGAUGCAAAUUGCAAUUGAAUUUUCUUUUUUAAAAUUUCGUAACCCCGAAAAUUUUCUUCGAUGAAAACUGCAUCGAAUUUAAAAAUUGGAAUUUUCUUUUAUUUCUUUUAGGUUUCUACAAUUUUAUAAUUUCGAAAAUUUCUUUCCAACGAUGCAAAUUGCAUCGAAUUAGGCUUUUUGUACCAUUUCUUAUAAUUUUAAUUAACCCCGAAAAUUUUCCUCGAAAAUGAAAACUCCAUCGAAUUUAAAAAUUGGAAUUUUCUUUUAUUUCUUUUAGAUUUUUACAAUUUUAUAAUUUCGAAAAUUUCUUUCCAUUUAGUCUUUUCUAAAAUUUCGUAACUCCGAAAAUUUUCCUCGAAAAUGAAAACUCGAUCGAAUUCACAAAUUAGAAGCACGAUUUCUUACGAUUUCUUCUUUCGAACUCCUCCCUUAAAAAUUUCCUUUCUCUCAGCCCAACCAACUUCCCCGUACGAUGCGAAUUCCAUCGAACGUUCAGCAUCCAUUAAAUUAAAAAAUUUCUCCGUUCGCAUCUCACUUUUCGCAAUCCUUCAAAAAAUUUCCCCCGAACGCUCCAAAAAAGAUGAAAUAAACAAAUAGCACGAAGCCUUUUCCCAACCAACGAAACGAGUAUACGGAACACGAGAGGAAGUGCGAGGAUCGGCGGAAGAGGCGCGUUGAAGCACAAACAAAGAUCCAUCCCACCUUCCUCAUCCGGUUCCCUCUGUCCUCGUUGAGGGGGCAGGUUAACGGGUUGCUCUCGGAGGAGGAAUGUUUGCUUGCUUUACUUUCAUUUUCGUUCGGUUUCGACGCGGCCACGAGCAAGCGUUACGUAAGGAGGGAAGAGGGGGAGGGGAAUGCGCAUCGAGACACCGAUAUCGAAAACGUAAUAAUAACGCCUCUUGUCAUUUCGUCUUCCACCGCCUUCGUCUUCGACCUUUCGCCCCCCCCCCUGUCUCUCUCUCUUUCUAUCGAGAGCACAAUUCCUACCUGCCAAGAAAAACCUGCCUGAAAUCUAGCCGGCCAAAUAUUUGCGCUCCCUCGGCCGCUCCACUGACCGACUGCCGAGUGUCGAACAUCGAUUCGCCCCGAUCGAUCCGCCCAUUCUUUUCGCGCUAUAAUGUUGCACAAUUUGGCAACCGUGUAUACGCGCUCGAGCUUGAUAUAUCCGGAACAACAGGUUGCGAGUGUUGGAUCGUUAAAGUUUUAGAAGGGAAAAUUCUAGAGAUACUUCGAUACUUUUCGUCGUUUGUGCUUCUCGUAUCGUUAAUUGAUCGUCGUUGGGACGGGUGGAAUGGGUAUUGUGUUUGAUGGGGAAGAAGAUUGGAGAGAAGAAGUGGGAAAAUUGGAGAGUUUUUUUUUUUCUUUUCUUCUGUCUUUAAGUGGGUAUAUUUAAGAAGAAGAGAAUAUGAAUGUAGAUUAAUUGAGAGGGGAGGAGAAAAAGAAAAACGCAAAAAACUGGACUGGAUAAUUAUUCAUUUUCUCCCCUCCCCCCCUUUUACUCUUUUACUCAGAUGGAAACUGCGUGGAACGAGACGUGUGCCGAAGGAGAGGAGGGCGCGAUUGGCACGAUUUUCGUGUCUACGAGAAAGAAUCGAGAGACGAUUUGUUGGAACUUCUGAAAGAAAAAAGAAAGAAGAAAAGGAAACGAUCGAUGCAAGAUGGAAGAAUAUGUAAUUUACCGAUCGUUUCGAUAAGGAAAAAAUGGAGAAGCAGAAAAUUUUGUUCGAACGCGUAACGAAAACGUUUUCUCGAGAGACUUUGUUGAAAGUGUUUGAAUCCGAGUAUACCGAGUACUUAACCUUUGAGUAAGGUUAAGUUUCCUACGUAUGUAUUUCUUCCAGAUAACGGAUAUCUAUCCUUCUUUCUUCCGCCGACGAAUUUUAUUUCACCCGUUUAUCACAUGACAAAACACCGCCUCGAGAUAUUGUGUACACAUCUUGGACCUUGAUAUAAAUUUUUCUAAUCGAUGAUAAUUUCCAAUCACAUACGCACGCGUAAAUUUUAUAUAUAUAUAUAUAUAUAUAUAUAUUUAUAACGACGAGAUUUGAAUCGCCCCAAAGAAGAACAAUUUCCUCGAAAAUUAGAAAAGAGAUUCUGUCACAAUUUUCAAUUCCUCGUAUUUUCAUUCGAGAAGAAAAUUAAUAAAACUCGUUUCGACAACGUUGGCUGCUUAAUUGAAAAAGAAAAAAUAUUCCGCAUGAUGUACACACAGUGUUCCAGUUAGUUAACGUCUGUUAAUCGUCAAGAUCGUCAUCCAAGGCAUUUCUAAUUAGCUUAGGGAUAUCUGUUUAUCGUUGAACGAUAUUCGCGUUCGAGCACGAAUAGCCAGACCUUGACCCAUUCGUUCCCAAUAAUUCUACCAUUCCAAUUGUAAAACCGAUCUUUAAACGAUUUUUAUUGUAUCCUUCAUUCGAUUGUCUCCGCGUCGCGCUCUCGAUAAAUUUUCCAACGAAAUGAAAAGAAUCAUAAUCCCUGCGCUUUCCUUUUUUUCCCUCUCGUUGCACCGCGGCAAAGGGGAGGGAGGAGGGCUCGAUCAAGAUUCCGGACGAGGCGCUGAAGUCGAAGGGAGUAGGGAGGGGGCAGCGCGACGUUUACACGUGGAAUCGAAGGGAAGAGAUGGGCCUCCCCUCCCCUCCUUCGCAUCGCGCGCUAUAAACCGAGGAUCUGUCGCAAUGGUGGAUCGACGUGUCGCAACGCAGCAGCAGCAGUCGGGCAUAAUAGCGUCGCGGUGCGUCGCGAUGCGUGCACGCGCCUGACACAACGACGAGACUAUUUAUAAGCGAACGAAAAAACGCGUGGUUAAAGGAAACGUGGAGAAGAAGCCGCGAAAGGCACGAGGAAAGCGUUUCGACCCGAAUUUUUCCCCGCGACGCCACCGCCCUCUGACCUAUUUUCGCUCGAAGCUCGCCGGCUCGCCAACUGUUGCCGCCUCCUCCUUCUUUUCCUCCUUUUCCCGCCUAAAUUUCGGGAGAAUGUAUUCUUUUCUCAAAACGUGCAUCGUGUAUUCCUUUUUCGCGUGGAAUCGAUCGAAAGACAAAUUGUAUUUGAUCGAUUCUAACCUCUCUUUAUCAUUGAUUCGGUGGAAAAGAAAGAGUGUAUUAUUUUUCCUGUUUAAAUUUCGAGGAAGAAUGUAUUCUUUUCCUAAAAUGUGCAUCGUAUUCCUUUUUCGCGUGGAAUCGAUCGAAAGACAAAUUGUAUUUGAUCGAUUCUAACCUCUCUUCAUCGUUGAUUCGGUGGAAAAGAAAGAGUGUAUUACUUUUUCUGUCUAAAUUUCGAGGAAGAAUGUAUUCUUUUCCUAAAAUGUGCAUCGUAUUCCUUUUUCUAGAUCGAAAGAAAAAUUGUAUUCGAACUCUAACCUCUCUUCAUCGUUGAUUCGGUGGAAAAGAAAGAGUGUAUUACUUUUUCUGUCUAAAUUUCAAGAGAGAAUGUAUUCUUUUUCCAAAUCGUGUAUUCCUUUUCCUAGAUCGAAAGAAAAAUUGUAUUCGAACUCUAACCUCUCUUCAUCGUUGAUUCGGUGGAAAAGAAAGAGUGUAUUAUUUUUCCUGUUUAAAUUUCGAGAAUGUAUUCUUUUUCCAAAAUGUGCAUCGUGUAUUCCUUUUCCUAGAUCGAAAGAAAAAUUGUAUUCGAACUCUAACCUCUCUUCGUCGUUGAUUCGAUGGAAAAAGAUUCUUUCCUGGCCAAUUCCUUUUCCCGAAUAAAUUUCAAAAGAGAAUCUAUUUUCACGUAGAAUCGAUCGAAAGAAAAAUUGUGUUCGAUCAAUUCAAACCUUUUGGUCAUUAAUUCAUUGUAAGAGAAAAAAGACAAUGUAUUCCUUUUCUUACCUGAAUUUCGACAGAGAAUGUAUCGUCGCUUAGAAUCGAUUAAAAGAAAACCUGUACUAACCUAACCUCUCUCAUCGAUGGAAAAGAUUCCUUCCUUCCCAAACGUGCAUCAUCUAAAUUUCGACCGAGAAAAACUUAACCUCUUCGUCAAAAAGAAAAAAAACCUGCUUCAAGCUAACCUCUUUAACACUAAUCCACAAUGGAAAAGAUUGUUUCGAAAUCGAAACAAAGAAAAAAGAAAAAACCUAUAUCAACUUAACCUCUUUAACGCUAAUCCACAAUGGAAAAGAUUGCUUCGAGAUGGAUUAAAAAGAAAAAAUAUGAACCUAACCUCAUCGCUAUUAAUUCGUAACGGAUACGAUAUCAUUUUUCCCCUCGAAAUUCUUCAAAAUUUCAACCGAGAAAAAUUGUGCGGCUAAAUUUUUAACCUCUUUAUCGUUAUGAUCGAAAAGUCGCGAAUGUGCACCGAAUGUAUACCAAAUCAUCGUUACGCAAUCAUCCGAUGAGAAUUCCAAAAAUCGAGGACGAGAUUGAACGGAAUCGGUGUACGUAGCGCUCUCUGAGAGGCUCUCGACGAGAUAAGGGAAUAUAUACACGCAUAGUUGCGUAGAAAAUGGUAGGAAAACAAUUUGUUGACAUUGAGCGUUGCCGUGGACGGGAUUGGUAAACAGGAAGAAAUAUGUUGGGAUGGUUGGAGCGGCAUUGGCGAUAAAAUAAAACAGCCUUAUCCGAUCGGUUGGCCUAUUUCACGACGGACAAUUGCAUAAACGCGCCACGUCGUCGUAAGCACGCACGCACACACACACGCACGAUGUAUUUAUAGACGAGGAAGGUCGAGGAAGAAAGCGCGCCUAGACCGUUUGACCAUUUGGCAGAGGCAGCUGCCGAGCAAUCAUAUCCAGACCGGCCACUAAUAAUAUCGUCCAACCUCGCCAUUUUCUGCAACGUUUGUUCGUUGUAUGUUCCUUGCAAAAUAAGGACGCGUAUCGUCGCCAAUCGACCGAUUCGAAAAAUUAUUGCGAACCGCGCGUAUGCAAGUUCAUCAGUUUCCCCAGCUUCCUGUUCGGCGGAAACCGGCCGGUUAAGGAUCGUACAGGGAGGAGGGGAGGAGGAAGUGCAAACGCGACGUUGCUGCUUUAAAACCGUUCGAGCGAAGCGUUUUUAAGCGCCCGGGGCAGAAUAGAACAUGAUCGAUCGUAGUGGAAAACGUGGCCCCGUUCGAAGGAAGGAUUUCCUUGGACGAGACAGCGUAUCGAAACUCGACUCGUCCCUGUGUUCCAACGAUUGACUCUGCAAAAUCGCUCGGCUGAAUCGCGUCGCCACAGUUUCACGCGUAUUUUUGCCGGCGACACGCAGCACUGCUCGAAGCCUGAAUAUUAGGCAAUCUAACGCGUCCAAGGCUAGCCGAGCCUUGAGCCGCCUUUCCAAGUGUUUCACUUUAAAAACCCGGCCGCCCGUUCGCCUCGAUCGCCGCCGCAACGUUUGAUUAGAUCUCGAAUCCUCCGAAUGUUUGUCCACUCUUCGUUCGACACCUCUCCUCGAGGAAAAAAUCGGAUAGAUCAUUCUUUCACGCUCUCUUUUCUUUCUUUUCGUUCUCUAUCUGCGAACGAGACUCGCGAUAAUCGAUAAUUGGCUCGACUGAUCGUCAUCGAAUCCCUUUGUCUCGUUCGAAACGGCAAUUACGGGGGGGGAGGGGAGAAACAAUCGAGAGCCCUCUCGAGUAAAGCAACGAGAGGCGACCGGUCGGUCCUUAAUCGGACAAGGAAAAACUGGUUCCGCGAGGAGAGGAGGAGAACCGGAUGGACCAACUCGGGAUAAUGCGAAUCGACGUUUUGUCACCCGAUAUAUCGAGCGGUCCACCUUUCUUUUCAUUCAGAAGAGAGGAAAUUAUAUAUAUAUAUAUAUAUAUAUAGGAUGAUGAUACGCUUUAUGAUUCACUCGUGUGAUUCACAUUUCGAUUUCGAGGAGAGCGAAAAUAAGAGGGAAUUAUAUGCGGGCAGGUAUUUAAAAAUGUAUACAUACAUUGAACUUGACUCUCGAGUUUGAAAUUAUUUUUCAAGUUUUUAAUUUGUCCCCAAGGCGAAAAUAUUGGGAAUUGACGGAUCGCCGCCCUUGAAGUGUUGUUGAAAUUUAAUUUGUAUUUUUCACGGGGAUUGGAAUUGGUAUAUACGCAUGCGCACGCGCACGCGCACACUUGUCGUGACGCUGAUCGUAUCGUUACAUUCAUCGGCGAAGUUGAAGUUUCUUUUCCUUUUUUUCUUUCUUCUUUUUUUCAAAAUCAAGCAACAGUGACAAAUUCCUCGUGACCAAUUUUUGAGUCGGGAGACAAACUAUUUAUUUUCUUUUUAUCGUGUCUUCUGGAAGGUCGUUUCAGCGUUUUUUUUUUCUUCUUUCUUUUUUAAAAAAGAGAGGAAAAAAAAAAAGCUUUUAUCUGUUUCCGCCGUAUAGUAAAAUGCAAUUUCAACGCGUUAUUGCAGUUAGUACUAUAAUUUUUAAUACAAGGCCAAAGAAAAUUGCCGUUUAAAAGUAAUAACCGUGAUAAAAUCAGUGAUAAAAUUAGAUUCUGAAUUUAGAAGGAUCAAUGGAAAAUUCCCGUAUGACGUUUCUAGCUUUUUAAGAAUAUGACGAAGAAGUGAAAUUAUCUUGGCCGGGAAUUUUUCCACUUUAAAAAAACUCGCUAAAACGCAAUUUACGGAUUAUCGACUUAUUAUAUGUUGACGAAUAUUAAUAUUAUUUUGUUAAAAUGUCGUUGCGAUGAAAAGUGCGGAGCCUGGAGUGUGUAAUUGCAUCGAUGCGACUCAACUUUAAUUCGAGAAUAAAUUGUAUCGCGUAAUCGGAUGAAUUACCUAAGAAAGGAAAUUUAUUUUUAAUUUGCGCAAAGAUAUCAUCAGAUAUCAUCAUUAAAAAAGAGACGAAA